AUGACUACUGUUACGCCAUCGUUCAGUAAAUACAAAAUAUCUCGAAGAGGCCGAAAACUCCAAGUUUCAGAUGAUGCGAGAACCCUGGUCGCUUUACCAAAAGACAUUCCUGAACGAACAUGGGCAGAAAUACUUCAAAAAGAGGAAAAUGACCUAAUAAUAUUUGACAUCCGAGAGGAAAUCCUCGAGACCGCCUUGUCAAUUGGUUACGAGAGUUAUAUGGAGAAGCAGACAGCCAUAUUCACCGUGCACUGCGCUACCGAAGCCUGGCUAAAACUGAUAGAUUGGCACUUCUAUCGUCAUGAUCCUGGUGAGGAACCGAGUGCGUACCCUCCUUGUUACAUUCCCCAUCGCGAGGACUCUUGGAUCCCCGACCAACUACCCGACCCAUCACCGAAAGACACUUGGGGUCGGCAGGAACUGACCAUUAUAGAAGAUACACCUGAUUCUCCUUUGCGGAAGUGGCCCAGUUCGUCCUCAUUGGAUCUUCCAGUCAUAGAAGAAAUACCAGCGCAGUACUGGUUUCCUGGCAAGGUCCAUGUAGCUGACUCCCUGGAGGGAACUAGACCAGUAGGAAAGAAAGGAAGACGGUCUAGGACUGAAAGUUACGUAUCGACCACCGACACGCAGGCUACCUCGGAGGAGUACCUCAACACUGAGAGCGAAGUGUUGCAGAAGGUCACUGAUUACAGCACUGAGGAAAUUUCCGAAAAGGAAUCAUCGUACGGUGAGUUGAAGACUACGACUCCGGUGGAUGGGUCCCUGCACGGCGCUGGAGACUCCACGGUGGAACGCCCUAAGAGACGACUUACUGAGAAGAGCAAGAGCUUCAUGAAACCUGGCAGCAGGUCGAAAGCCACGCUGCCGCCCCUAGACAUCGGCGACUCGCUCUCUCGAAUCAGUAUUAUAUCAGACUGUCGCUUGAGAAACCUCAGGUUUGUAAUAUUUUGUUGCAAUUUUAUUUUUACUUAUUUAUAUAGUAGACACAGGACUAGGUAUUCAUGGUAAUCAGGACCACAGGAA